AUGGGUCCAUGUUUGGCGACAUACGAUGUAGCAGGUACUUAUAUAAAAUAUAAAGAAGGUUAUAUUAGAAUACCACAUAACGGAGGAAUUAUUACCAAACCGCAGGAAUAUUGGAGUGAAGAAAAUAAGAAAUUAGUAAUUUAUUUUAAUUAUGUACUUUGUGUUAAUUUCAGUAUUCAAACUGUAAUAUUAUUUCCAAUAUUACAAUGGGCAUUUCGAAAUGAUGCUUUUUAUACAGAACUUGUACCUCAAUUAGCUUACGGUUCAAUUAUGUUAAUAAUUGGAAUCUUGGGAAUUAGAUCUCAUUGGAGAUUUCAAAAAUUAUUAAUAAAAACUAGAAAAACUAAUUCUAAUAUUGUGACUAAAUUAGAAUAUUUUAAGGUAGAUAAUUAA